ACUCUUAACUUGUUUUUUCUCCUCUCUUCUUGAUUGUUAUAGGAAGAGGAUAAGCAAAGCCAUGGAGUCUCUCAUUGGCAUGAAUCCUUGCAAAGAAUCUCAUAAAAAAGAAGAGAAGAUAAAAGAGGAGAUGUACAAGAAGAAUGAAAUGAAUACAACUAAUUCAGUCGAAUUUGGAUCAUACCAUAUUCUGGAUCCUCCGGAGUCUUCUGCAUCUGGUCAAGUUCCAAUAGAUAGGAAUCCUUCCAAAGAACAUAAAAAAGAAGAGAAGAAAGAGAAAGAAGAAGAGAAGAUAGAGAAGGAGAAAGAUGAUGACAAAUACUAUUCUUUUAAAUACUGCACUAAUAUUUACAUUACGCAGCAAAAUACAGCUAAUCCAAUAAAGUUUGGAUCAUACCACCACCCUCCUCCUCCUCCUCGGAUGUCUUUUGCAGCAGGUCAAAUUCCAAUCGAUAGGACCCCUUCCAAAGAACAUGAAAAAAAAGAGAAGAUAGACAAGACGAAAGAGGAUUAUUACGAUCGUAAGGAUAUGAAUACUCCAGCCAAGAAAGAGGAGAAGAAGGACAAGGAAAAGAAAGAUGGUGAAAAAAAAGAUACGGUUCUACUACAUAUACCGGGUUUUUGUGAAGAAGAAUGCAUAUUCAGAGUGCACGACGGGCUGCGUACAACACCGGCGGAUUAUGAACCAAUGCUCAUUUCCAUUGGUCCGUAUUUUCAUCGGAAGAUGAAAAGGCAUUCGCGCAAAAUGAAGAACUUGAAAGAGCGGUAUUUGCAAUCAUUUUUGAAAAGAGCAGAAGGGCGCGGAUUGACUAAGGAGAACAUUAGCAAUAAAUUAAAGGGUUUGGAAAGCAGAGCAAAAAGUUAUUAUGGUGAUCCAAUAAUAGAUAUGGAAGGAUAUGAAUUCGUAGAAAUGUUAUUACAUGAUGGAUGCUUUGUAGUGGAAUUUGUUGUUAGAUCAAAGUCAACAACAACCGGAUGUAGUAGUGAUCCUCCUCCUAUUCACGUGCCUGACUGGAUGCGAGUUCAAAUUGUUCGAGACAUGUUGCUGAUGGAGAACCAACUCCCCUUCUUUGUUCUUAAUGAACUCUAUGAAUUGAUAAUGGAUACUACACAAGACAGGACACCCUUCUUGAAUUUGGUGGAAUUCACAUUUUCAGAUGUGCUAUCAAAGCUCAGGUAUUUCUCCUUGAUCCUGAAUGAGGUGAAUGACCAAGAGAUAAAGCAUUUACUUCAACUGGUGCAUAUUCUUUGCCGCCCUCAUCAAUCCCAAGUAACUGAAAUAAGAACACCACACCCUGCAACUUCCAUGGAAUCAAGCUAUAUACGUUGUGCAAGCGAGCUUCUAGAAGCAGGAGUUGACUUCAAAAAGGUUGCAGGUCAUAACAUGAUGAGUCUAUUUAAUAUAAGAUUCAAUCGCGGCACACUUGAGAUUCCCUCUUUCAGACUUGGGGAUUCAUCGGUCAGCCUCUUCAAGAACCUCAUAGCCUACGAGCAGCAUUCCGUUGAUGUGUAUCCCAAGUAUUUCUCAGAUUACGUGGUGUUCAUGGAUGAUCUUAUCAAAACAGACAAGGAUGUCAGCGUACUUCGCCUGAAUGGAAUUAUCUUGAAUGGGUUAGGUAAUGACAAGGAAGUGGCUCAUCUUUUUAACACUCUAUCUAAGGGGGUUGUGUAUUCCAGUCGUGACUACUGUUACGCUAAUGUGUGCUACGAUUUGAUUCAACAUUGCAACAAACCAAGGAAUGUGUUGAUGUCAAAGUUGCGACGUGAUUAUUUUCACAGUCCAUGGGCAGGGAUUUCAACCGUUGCAGCUGUACUGCUUCUUUUCCUCACUGCUACACAGACUAUCACAAGUAUCUUGGGUCUGCAUAAAUAAUUAAUGCCAUUCAUGCCAUGCAAUAAGUGUGUGUGUUCAGUUUUUUUUUUUUAAGUCUAUUAUGCAAAGUGUGAGCAAUAAACACUUUUAUCAUUUUACCUGGCCUGGCCUGGUCUGUACUUUAAUUCUCUCUUGUAACAAACCAACUUGAAUUGCUUAAACCUCUGUGUUGAAUGUGUGACCUUACCUUUCAAUAAUAAUGUAUAACAGCAUGCAAAUCAUUAUA